AUGAAUAUUAUAAAGAUAAAUUCAAUCUAUUUAUUUGUAUUGUUGUUGGUUGGUGUUGUCUUUUGCAAUGUUGAAGAACGUGUAAGAAUCUGUGUUGAAGUCGAUUGUCCAGAUGUAGGAGAUUGUCCAAUGAGAGAAGCUUGCAAUGACAACAACAUAUGUACUCUCGAUUCUUGUAAUGGUGGUCGUUGUGUUUAUUCACCAAUUCACUGUGACGAUAAUGAUGACUGUACCACUGACAGCUGUUCUCCAACACAAGGAUGUGUUCACACUCCAAUCUCGUGUGAUGAUGGUGAUCAAUGUACAUCAGAUAGCUGUAGUUCCAAUGGCUGUGUUCACACUCCAAUCUCUUGUGAUGAUGGUAAUCAAUGUACAUCAGAUAGCUGUAGUUCCAAUGGAUGUGUUCAUACUCCAAUCACUUGUGAUGAUGGAAAUGCCUGCACUGAUGAUAGCUGUAAUCCAAUGACUGGUUGUGUAGCUACUCCAAUCUCUUGUGACGACAAUAAUCAAUGUACAUCGGACAUUUGCAAUCCAUUUACAGGCUGUGUAGCUACUCCAAUCUCAUGUGAUGAUGGAAAUGCUUGUACCAACGAUGGUUGUGAUGUAAACACUGGCUGCACAUAUCAAACCGUUGUAUGUAACUCUGUCUCCAACAAAUGUAUCUCGAAUGAAUGUGAUAUCUACAAAGGUUGUGUUGGUUCGACUAUCAACUGUGACGAUGGUAAUGCUUGUACAUCAGACAGUUGCAAUCCAUCGACGGGCUGUAUUUUCACACCGACCUCUUGUGAUGAUGGCAAUCAAUGUACCAACGAUAGCUGCGACCGUGUCAAAGGCUGUUUGAACAUCAACAUCCCAGGCUGUGGAGUUGCAGUACCAAGACCAACUGUUUGUCCAACUCGUCCAGCAUGUCCAUGCACAGAAACUUGUUGUGGUGCUCACUGUUGUCCAAAUAUUGAUAUCGACAUCGAUGUUGAUCUUUGUUCUAAUAAUUAG